UGUGUCCACACACAUACACACGUACUGUGGACCAAUCGCAUGUCAAAGAGCAAACUAUAUCUUUGCCUCUCUCGGGAGCCAGGCUCUUAGUCAGAACGAGGACAUGCUUUUGUGUUGAUCUGUGAGUAAGGUGCUGAAGAGUCGACAUUUACCAUGAACAGGCGACAAGGGCGGCCCUUCAGCAUGAUGCCACAUUGCUAUUAUGAAGGCUAUCUGGAGAAGAGGUCCUUUAAAGACAAGAAAUCUCGCAGACUGUGGACUUGUCUGUGCGGCAACAGGCUUUACUUCUUCAACGACAAGAGGGACACUGACUACAUUGAAAAGAUGGAUCUCACCGGGCCCAUCACGAUAACAGACGACAAUACUGUGGAUUGCAAUUUGGACGCAGCCAAACUGAACCUCCAGACUAAAGACAGCGACAUCAAAUUCUCUGCUCCGAAUGCAGAAGCUCGAGAGCUGUGGAAGGGCUUCAUUCAAUCGGUGUCUGAGCUGUCGGUGCCAUCGAUGCUGAACCUGUUGCCAGGCCAGAUGCUUAUGCUAGAAGAAGUGGUGAAAAAGGAAAAGGAGAGACUCCGAAAUGUCCAACAAUCUUCUCUCAGUAUAGAUGUGGAGCUCGCAAAGGAAAUGCCAGACUGUUUCCACCCGGUGUCCCGCACGGAAGCGGAGCUUCUUCUGGAGCGACAGUUCACCCGAGGAAAUCUACUUUUGAGGCCCAACAGGAAUGGCACCGGCUUCGCAGUCAGCACCAGGGAAGAGAUGAAUGGGCCCAUCUUCAAACAUUACCUCGUGAGCCGCAAGCAAGACAACAGCUUCACCAUCGAAGUGGACACUCCUGUCGCAUGUGCCUCGUUGCACGACGUUGUCGUUUACUUCUCGGAAGCAACAGAAGGAGCUCUGAUGCCUCUGGCUCGGGAGGAAACCUACGAGCAAAAUAUCUCUUACAUUGGCUUGGAUAAUGAAAAUGGAGAGAAGAUGGUGCGCGGAGCCUCCAUGCACCUUACGCUGCCAACUCAACAGCCCAAACCAGCUUUGCCGAGUGAAGACAGGGAGGAAAAUGUCUACAUGAAUAACAGUCAGCCCGAGAGCAAAACGGCCGAGAAAUCGCAGAAAACUCCGACGCCCGCCCCUCGCAAAUUCCCGCCGCCUCCCUCGCCGGCCGCCGCCAACAGGUCCACGCACACCACGGAGCCGAGAUGCAAGACCCACCUGGACAAUCAUGGCCAGACCAUAUCGGAACUCCGGCUGAGGUUCGAGAAGAAGGCCAAGUGUGCCGACUGACCAUGCGCCAGCCUCGCAACCAAUCAAUGUGAACGUCUUUUGACGACAUGCGUGUCACCAUGACGCCCUGCUGCACUUUCCUUACUUCCCUUGGACACUCCAUUGCAAAUGUGCUGAGGACAUUUAGCAUUUCGGUGGGCCACUGUCAGCAUCCGUUGCAUGUCUACAAGCUGCUGGCAGUCCGGUUUUGACAUGAAUUGUACAUAAAGUGACUGUGACAGUGGGCACAGAUGUAAAUAGAGCCCAAAUGUGAUAUGAUUAUGGUUUUCUACUGAAUGUAUAUUUUUGGACUUGACGUCAAUAAACAUUAAUAAUAUUGUGA